UUCCAGAAAGACCUCGAUCUCCUCCUUCCAAUCCCAGCCUUACAACGCUUCAGCGCCCACAAACCGCACAACUACGUGCCCGGAGGCACAGAAAACUACGCCUAUGCCACAUUCCUAGCAACCCGCAACGCCUCGCUCAAAGACCCUUACUUCCUCGCCAUCCACUCCCUCAUCUACCGCCUCCUCUGGUCCCCCAAAUCCCGCACCCAAAAACACCCCUUCAUCGUCUUCGUCGCCGACUACGUCACACCCGAACAACGCGCGCUGCUCUCGGGCGCCGGCGCCCUCGUCCGCGAACUCGCGCCCUUACCUUGGUCCCCCAACGUCAUCGGCGUACAAUCCCGCUGGAAAGACCUCUUCGCCAAACUACACAUGUGGCGAGAAACAGAAUUCAGCCGCAUCUUCUUCCUAGACGCCGACGCAUUUCCCCUCGCCCCCUUGGACGACCUCUUCACCCUCGCCGAACCCCGCCCUUGCUCACCUGAGAAAUUGCACCUAGACGACUUUCUCACCGACGGCCCCGUCUGCGAACCCUACAUCUUCGCGGGAAUCCCGCAGGACCCGUUUAACACCGAGCACCCCAACAUCAACGUCGGAGCUAUGCUUUUCACCCCUUCCCUACGUAUGCACCAGCGUCUCCUGCAAAACUACGUCAAAACGGAUAAAUACGAUUGUCUCAUGGCGGAACAAGCGUUUCUCAAUUGGCAGUUUGGCCCGGACUCGGCGUUUCCGGCGACGAAGCUGGAGAGGGAGUGGGGGGCGUUUUUUCCAAAGGAAGAGGAGGAGGGGAAGUUGAAGGUUGUGCAUGAGAAGAUUUGGGUUUUGGAGGGGGGAUGGAUGAGGGAGGAGUGGGGGAUGGGGUGGAGGGAUAUGAUUACGUUUUAUGAGGGAGAGGAGUUUGUGAACGGGAGGGAGGGGGAUGGGAGGGUU